CUGUGAGUGAGCAACUGCAGGCAUGCAAUAACAACCUCAUCUAGAAAAGGUCUGGGCAUGCUUUCUCAGGAAUCAAUGAAAAAUGAAGUAUUAUGUUUCAACUGGGCUUAUUCUUGUCUCUAAAACAAAACAAUUCAUCAGCCGAUGCAGAGAAAUGGGAAAACAUGCCAUUUCAAACAUGAGAGUUUUAGCACGUGUGCCAGUGGUAUAUUUGAAUAAGCAACACACCGUAGCCCGCAUUUCAAAGGUCACAGUUGCCCUAUCGACAAUAUUUGGAGCAACCAUGCCUUGCAGCCUAGAAUAGUAGCAGCAUGGACGCUUUCAAGAUUUUCUCUGUUCUGGCUGUAUUUUGUGCAUCUUGCCAGAGAGCUACACCAUGUGGCCUGUCAACACACAUUGAAAUAGCUCACAGAGCUUUAGAAUUUUUCACGGUACAAGAAGAAAAUGUUGACUAUCGUAAGUUAUUACUUACCCACCAAGAUGCAUUUCAGGCUGGAAACCUUUAUCCUGAUGCCUUUUAUUCUGGUAUCUGCAGGAAUGGAAUAUACCAUCAAGUAUCUGAAGACACGCACUGGGCACCAUUUCUCAAAGCCAGCAUUCACUACAUUAGAAAGAAUUAUCCACUGCCCUGGGAAGAGGCUACAGAGAAACUGGUUGCUUUCCUGUUUGGAAUUGCUUCUCAUAUGGUGGCAGAUGUGAGCUGGCAUAGCUUGGGCAUUGAACAAGGAUUUCUCCAGGCCAUGGCAGCAAUUGAUUUUCAUGGCUCAUAUUCAGAAGCUCAUGCUGCUGGUGAUUUUGGAGGAGAUGUGUUAAGCCAGUAUGAGUUUGAUUUUAGUUAUUUGAACUCCAGCUGGUAUGUACCUGUGCAGGAUUUAUUGUCAAUUUAUGAGAAGUUUUACGGCCGGGUAAUGAUAACUGAAGAUGCUAUUGUUGAGUGCACAUACCUGCAGCUUCUUGAAUUGUAUGGUGAAGUUGCUGCUGUCGCCAAGCUGUACCCCUUCUAUGCCAGGAAGUCGCCAUUUUUGGUGGACAAAUUCCAAGAUUAUUUUCUGGGUGGUGUGGAUGAUAUGGCAUUUUCAUCGAAUAAUAUUUUCCAAUUAACAAGUCAUAUGUUAACAAGUGGGACCAGUGAUUGCUUUAUUCCAGAGAAUCCUCUGUAUAUUCAGUGUAAAAAUGAGCAAAUGAUUACUGUUGGGAUCAAACAGUCUCAGACGGAGCACAACAAAAAAUUAACAUCUUCUCUGACCCAAUCAGUUGCAAAGAAUGUUAACAAUACAGAGAGAGGAGUUUAUUUGGACAUACCCCCUGUGGCUGCAAAUUAUCUUCAGUUCAGGAAUAGUGCCACUGUGAAGAAUUUGAGGGGACUGUUGGAAAUCACAGGGCAGUUGUCCUCUAAGCACAUCACCAAACCCAGUGCUUCAUAUUUUCUGAAAACAGCAUAUGCAAAACUUGGCUGGGCAAUGACUUCAGCUGACCUGAACCAGGAUGGAUAUGACGACUUAAUAGCUGGAGCCCCAGGCUACAGCCAGCCAGGACACAUUCAGAGGGGCAGUGUCUACAUUAUAUAUGGUAAUGAGUCAGGUUUGCCUCAUGCAGACUUGGACCUGGACGAGCAAGCAGAUGAAAUACUAGAAGGGAUUACGCCUUCGGGAAGGUUUGGUUCUGCCUUAACAGUUCUGGACUUCAAUGAGGAUGGUGUACUGGAUCUUGUGGUGGGAGCACCAUCUGUAGGAUCACAGCGGCUCACUUAUGCGGGUUCUGUGUAUAUAUUUUUUGGCAAGAGAGAAAGAAGACAUCUUCACAGCCUACCAAAUAUUACCAUAAUGUGUAAUGAACUCUACUGUAAUCUUGGCUCAUCACUGCUGGCAGCUGAUGUUGAUGGGGAUGGAAAGAACGAUCUUCUAGUUGGCUCUCCUUAUGCACCUGGUGGUGGAAAACAAAGAGGAUGUGUGGCUUCCUUUUACUCAUCUUUCAACAGAAGCGACGAAGGCACACUGCUCUUAUCAGAUGCUGACUGGAUAGUGAGAGGAGAAAGGGAUUAUUCCUGGUUUGGUUCAUCCCUCGCGAGUAUCCAGGUUCAGAAUAAGACCAUGUUGCUUAUUGGCAGUCCUUCUUGGAAGAGCUGUAAAAGUCUAGGUUGUUACCUCUCACAAGAUACCAAGCAGGCUGUUGGAAGGGUGUAUGGCUACUUCCCACCAAGCACACAAAGCUGGUUUACUUUAUCUGGAGAUGAGGACAUGGGAAAAUUUGGUUCAUCUUUGGCUACUGGUUUCCUAUUGGUGGAAGGUAUCCCUAGACAAGUGUUUGUAGUUGGUGCACCAACACAAGGAAGCACAUCCAGGGUGGUUUUUAUAUCCUCGGUGCUGCAUCAAGCAGGAGCUGCUCUGAUGUAUGGCUUGACGGAGAGGGGCGAGCCUUACGUGCUCAGCACAUUCAAUGGGGAUAGGCGAUUUUCCCGCUUUGGAGGAGAUGUGCACUUACAUGACCUGAACAACGAUGGACUUGAUGAAAUCAUUAUGACAUCACCUCUUCGAAGUAAGGAUGUAGUGCCUGUAUUCGAUGACCAAGAGGCUGCACGUGUUUACAUAUACAGUGGAAACCAAACCACCUCUGGUAAUGUGACAAACCACUGCUCAUCAUGGAGUUCCCCUUGUCCAGAAGACUGGGCGCAGUAUGUCAUAGUUUCUCCUGAGGAGAGAUCAAGAUUUGGGAGUGCUGUGAUUACACUAAAAUCUGGACAAAAGAAUACAGUGGUAGUAGCUGCUCAGAGAAGUUCAUUAAAAGCACGGCUUAGUGGAAGACUUUUUCUCUACACCUUUUAAUUGCAGCACUAUGCAUUGUCUCUUUUCAAAGGUUCACUUUGGAAAUGUAAAGCUAAUGUAUCUUCUCUUGGAUUAACAUGUGAAAACUUUUUAACGAUUGAGUGCAGAGAUCCACCAGUAAAAUUAGCAUCACUGUUUAAAUGUGCAUCCUUAAAUAACAAAUGAAAAUGCUUGUAAAAAAUUCUUUUGUAACUUCUGACCAUAAGCAGUUUCAGCUGAAAAUUCCUAUCACAUACAGUGUCUUACUUUAAGGCAUUUAUCGCAGUUUAGAACAUGGGAGAAAAAAGCCCAAAUGAAUCCCGAAAAUGCAGUUAUACAAGAAAUAGAGAUGUCUCAC